AUAUUAAAGAACAAACAGGCUGAGAUGAAACCAUUUUACAUCUAAAACAAACCUGCAGGUUUAUUUCACCCACUGAAGAAACCAAGAGCUGAGAACUGGUCAACUGAUCAAAGACUCUUCAGGAAAUCAGAUAUCACCGCUGUGAAGAACUCAGAGGACAGAAAUGCUGCCGCUGCUGCUGCUGCUGCUGGUUCUGUCCUCAGCCAGUCCUCUGGACCCGGACAGGAACCGGCUGCCGGAUGGAAAGGUCUCCUCUGUGAAUCCAGAUCCUGAGGAUGAUGUUGCUAAAAUCAGACCUAUCGUGUCCGUCUCAAUAAUCCGACGUGUUCUGCCUCCGACUCCGUUCAGACAGGAAAUCCCAGUUAACUCGACGCUCCCAGAGUUCAGUAAUACAGGAAAACUGCACUGGGUGAGAUGGAACGGUUCCCCUCCUAACGGCGCCGUUUCCGUUUACAUCAAGUACGUUGAUCGCAUCGACUACAUCUGCAAAGUCGGAUGUCAUUCUGGUCUUUACAACCCCGGACUAGGCCCCUACUGCCACUACCCCAAUAAAAAGGAAGAGCAUCGUUCCACCUCUUUUCAAAUCCUUGUGAAUGAAGAUAAUUUUGAGAUCCUGGAGUGGAAGGAAGGUUCUUAUGGUUCUGUUCCACAGAAUGCAGUCAGAACCUGCUCCAGUGAGCAAAUGUAUGUAGGGAAGAACAAGUACGGAUUGGGGAAGGUUGAUCCGAAAGAUAAAUGUUUCUAUCUCCCCUGGAAGGGAAGUGAGUAUUGGUACCAGAAGAGCUAUGAGGUUCUGACCCACAUAAAGGCUGAAGAAGAUUUAAUCUCUGAUGUUAAAUAUCACGUCCAAACUGCUCAAAUUUUCAAAGAUCCUCCAAAAACCUUGAAAACCUCUACUGCUAGAAACCUUUCCCUAAUGAAUGUGACGAAGACGGUUUCUCUGACGAAGACCACCACCGAUGAGAGACGGUGGGACUCCAGUCAUUCCUUCACAGUCGGUAUAAGAACUUCCAUCAAAACAGGAAUCCCCUUUGUGGCAGAAGGACAGAUUGAAGUCAAUGCAGAGACGACUCAUAGUUUCUCAGGUGGAAAUUCCUGGACAGAGCAAAUCUCCCACUCUGUCACUUUAGAGCUCACCGUUCCAUCAAACCACAGCUGCACGGUAAAGAUGGUUGGUUAUCAGUACAACAUGGACAUUCCCUUCACCGCACGCCUCCAGCGAACCUAUGAAGACGGAGAGACCAAAUCAUUUACCAUCUCUGGAAAUUAUCACGGAGUCCAAGUUGGAGAUAUUGAGGCUGAGGUGGAAAAAUGUAAACCUCUGUCCAACUCCAAACGCUUUAUCCUACAACAAAAUGAUGUAGGAUAUCUGGAGAGCAAAAACCUCCUGAAGUGAAGUUAGCAUGACUUUACCAGGCUUUUGAUUUAGAGCUUCAGCUUCAUUUAUGCUUUUUUAUUCACUCUUUGAAAAUGUAACCAUGCUAUUAGUCAAAGGAGUGACUUUUUAUAUAAUCCUGAUAAAAACCCAAAACAUUUUUAUUAACUAUCAUCUGAUUUAAAGUUGAUCUAGAAACAGACAUUGUACCCUGUGAGUUAUUCUAUGCAAUUUAUUUAGCAUUAAUAAAGCUUGUAAGCAAUGAAAAUGAAU